AUGUGGGGAAGAGCUGCAACAUCUCUUUGGCGUUUGAGCAAAAGAUUCAAGAAUUCUGGAAAGGGAGUUAAUAAGAAAAAUCACAAAACCGAAGGAAGCACUGAAACCAUAAACUACGUGGGAGACAAAUCGUCUGAAAGCGCUGUGCUUCGGUCUCAGACAUUCACAUCGAGUUUACCGACUGCAACGCAUCUUUCAUAUCUUUCUUCGAUUCUUUCUUCGCUGUGGCCUUCUGAUGGAACGAGGGAAAUAGAAAACGUUGACAUAAAAGCACAACGCAAAAAAGUAGUUAGUAUACCGAAGUCGGCACUUCUCGACCAAACACGAUCACUUGUGCUUAGCUUACUCUCUGCAGAAGCAGAUGGCUCUGUGAUGUUGAAAACACGAGAAUUAUGUAAACAUUAUAUGGAAUAUCCUGAGGCGCGUGUUGUUGGGUUUCAGUUCCAUGAUUCAAUUAUCAAGAAGGUGAAACGCCUCUUACUACGGACUAAUGAUGAAAUGCUAAAAGAACACAUUCGGCAGUUCUUACUCCUCGUGGGAGAUGUUAGCACCCCACGUGGGGCUGGUAUUCGUGUACUGUCACUUGAUGGUGGAGGUACGAGAGGUGUAUUAGGCCUUGAUAUUUUACAAGCGCUAGAAAAUAAUUUGAAAGGAUCAAAGGUUGUAGAGGUGUUCGACCUAAUCGUGGGCGUAAGUACUGGAGCUAUUAUUGGUGCAUUGCUUGCUGCUAAGAGGUUACCAGUUGGGAAAUGUAAGGAAGUUUAUAUUGAGAUCUCAAGGGAACUUUUUAGCCAAGGCAAAUUUUCGGGGAUGAGUGGCCUUCUUCUUUCACAUGCUUACUAUAACACUGAAAAAUGGAAGCAGAUCUUGAAAAACGUUAUUGGCGAAGACACAUUACUGGAAAUAUGUGGACGUUGGGGAACUCCCAUGCUCAGUAUAGUAGCUUGUACUGUGAAUACACCAACUCUGCAACCAUACAUUUUUCGUACCUAUGGACAUCCUAACGAAAGUGAAAGCCACUACCGUGGAGGAUGUAAUCACAAAGCUUGGGAGGCUUUACAAGCUUCUGCUGCUGCUCCGGGCUAUUUUCAAGAAGUUUCACUUGGACCACUACUUUAUCAAGACGGUGGUGUACUCACUAAUAAUCCUACAGCUUUAGCAGUUCAUGAGGCACGCAUGCUUUGGCCACAUGAACGAAUACAAUGCGUUGUUUCUGUCGGUAAUGGAAAGAACGUUUCAGAAGUCGAAUUAAAUGGCAUAAAGUUGUCUACACGUCUUCAAGAAAAAAUCUUACGAAUUAUUGAUUCAGCUACGGAUACUGAACUUGUCGACUUAUGUAUGCGUGACACUUUGUCAGAAGGAUCAUACAUACGUUUUAAUCCGUACACCAGCUACCCGUAUUCUCUCGAUGAAAUCGAUCCGAAAAAAUUGGAACAAAUGAGUGAAGAUGCACAACUCUAUAUUUCACGAAAUCAGACCAAAUUUGAGGCUGCAGCAAAGGUCAUCUUGGCUAAACCAUCACUGAAACAGCGCAUUGUUCGAAACUGGAACAGGUUGAUAAUCCAGUGCUAA